UUAAGUGCAGCUAACAGCUCUGAAAGUGUUGUCUCUGCCUCUUAUUUCUGAAAAGAAGAUUCGUGUUUUUUAGAUUUCCCUCUGAUACUUAGCCUAUCCCGGUCAUGAUCAGGUCAGUGCUGCUACGCAGGUUAACCUCCCACAUCCUGUCCUGCAGCAGAGGAUCAUGUCUAUUCGCAGGUCGAACACCUCAUGGUUUGAAGCCUCUUUCACCCGAUCACACAGCCAUCCAGCAGGGCCUCUGUGGACCACUCACGUCAAAAAUCACAUCCCUGGUCAGAUACUCUGACUUACCUACACUGAAGUACACCAUGAUUUACAAGCUGCCGCACAUUAAGCUCCUCAGAGCUGUGUCCAGGCUCAAACUGCUCCAGACUGCAAUCACCGGGGUCAUCUUGCCCCCGGUUUACAUCCUCUACCUCCAGGAAGAAGUCCCCUUCUUUCUUGUCAGCUACACAACUGGGAUAGCGCUGUUCGCUGGUGUCAUGCUAUACACUGCCAGUCACUUCUUCAGGAGGGUUGUGGGAAUUAUGUACCUGGACCAGUCCCAAACCACGCUCAAAGUGUCCCACCUCACCUUCUGGGGCAGACGUCAUGAUUUCUACCUGCCUGUGUCAGAUGUUAUGACCAUCGGGGAUACAGGGGACAACGUAAACGAGACAAUACUUAAGUUAAAGAGAUACAGCGGUCCAGAGACGAUGUAUUUCUCCACUCGCUUUGGACAUGUGGUGGACAAACACAGUUUCGAGAAGGUGUUUGGAACUUUAAAAUGAUUGUUCAGAAUGUAUUGAUGAUUGGGACUGUUAUCAACAGUUCAUUUUCCUAAUUAUUAUGUUCAAAAUCUAACUUGUUAAAGUGAUGAGGAUGUGUUUAUACAGUAGAAGACUGUCACUGGGAUAAUCUGUGACUGGGAUAUGCCAAGUGACCAGUGUUGGCAGUAAUAUGUUAAUAUUACACAGAAUACUGUUGCCUGGUAUUCAUUUUCCUAAUGUGUGA